CGUGGCUCGGAGUGUUCGCGUGCACUGUUUGUCCGCCUGGGCUGCGUUGUGUAGUGUCUUCCAGCGAGCUCGGUGCGGGCGGAGAGCGGACACCGUGUGAGGGGCCCGGGAUAGAGAAUACACUGCAUGAGCUGAGUGCACGGAGCACGGCAUCCGCCAUCACACGGUGCAAAGAUGAUGGUGCUUACGCCCCAAGAUAACUUGCACGUUCUAGUGGGCCAGAGGUUUACUGGAGUGUUGGGCACGGACGUGGUGUUGGAUACCGACAAGGUCUCAACGUGGCCAUGGAAAAGUGGAAUAGUCCGAGCUGCUUCUCAUAAAGAUAUUUUCCACCAUGACUUGAAGAUUUGUGUGGAGUUUGAAGAUGAACCUUGGGAGAAGAGACAAUGGAUAAAGCUUUACGGAAACAAGGUUCAGAUGUUUUUGGUUGAGCACAGCUUGGGAGUGGCUGAUCGGAUAUGCCCCAGUAACCCACGUAUAUCUGUUCAGUGCCCUGCAAUGACCUAUAAAGGUUUGGUGAGCAAAAUACCUAUGGAUUCAAUCACAUGUCUACAGUUCUUGGGGGAUAAAACCAAGCUGUUCCUGGAUAAUAACCUUGUGAUGCCUGUGCGGGAUCGAGAGACUCUUAAGGAGUUCAUGCAGGCAAAUCGGAGUUUUCAUAAAGAAUUUCAGGAACUGAUAAGAAAGAAUGUGGAUGAAAGCCGUAUAUUGCAAGGUGCAAAAAAUUUAGUUGGAACGUCCAUAAAGGUUUAUAGCAUGGAUCCCAGUAUGCAGUGGUUUUCAGCAGUUGUACUUAAUGCCAGCACUAAUACACGGACCUUGGAGAUUAAAUGCGAACAGCUUCCAUCUUUAAGAAUUAUUGACCCAGCACUGAUACAUGUUGAACUGGUACAUAACUACUGUGAUAAAAAUGUAAAGGCCAGAAAAACUCAACCUCAAAAAAGAGUUCUCCCAGAAAAUACAGAACCAGUAGCUAAGCAAGUUCGAGUGGAAGAGGAUAAUUCUCAAAAAACAAACUUCCUCACCUAUUCAAGAGAUGAUGGGAAAACACUAGUGGUGGUUGACAAUCCAAAAUCGUCAGGGACUCUAGCAAGCUUAAUACGAAAACCAAAUACGUCAAUAAUGGGGUCCAGUCUUUUCCCCAAGCAGUCAGUCCCAAUGGGUCUUGGAGAAGCAUUACUGGGCUGCACUGCCACCACUCCUACCAGCCAUAACGUGACAUCACGGGCUACUCCUCCCCAGGCAAAUUCCCCGCCAAGCUUUGGUGCUGAAACUCCUCAAGUUAAAUGUAAUCAAAAUUUACCCGGAGAGAAUUUGAUGCUUAAUGGUGUGAAUGUGAAGAAAGAAGAGAAUAACUUGUUUCUAAGUGCUGCAUUGUCCCAAGCCAAUAAGAGUGGCCUUGGUGUGGCAGGUUCAAGUUUUCAGUCAUGGUCUGGCCAGAAAAAAGGCAUAAAAUCUGAGAAUCUGUUUGAAACCUUUACCAAGCCUUCCACUGUGUUCCCAAAGGGCUUUGAGUUUUCAGUGGAGCGGUGCCCUGGGAACAAUACACUUUCUGUAUCAGAUUCAUCAGGAAAUGGUGCAUCGGACACUUCAAAAGUCUUAAGUAUGGAGCCACCUUCAAAUGAUGUGAAACCGGUUGUUGUUAAAGGGCUAAACCACAAGGAACUUAUCAGUGCAAAGCCAAAAGUGGAAGGGGCAUAUGCAAGGAGCCCAACUAAAAUUGAUGGUGGAGUAACGUAUCCCAGAUCUGUGUUGUUGGACCCACAGAAGUUGAGAAGAUUACAGCAAAGUGGUGAUUGUUUUGUUCAGGAUGGUUCCUGCCAUAACAUUGCACCGCAUCUUCACAAAUGCAGAGAAUGUCGCUUAGACCGAUUUGGGCGAAGCAAGGAGCAGCGUGAUGCAGCAGUGUUCUGUAGAUUCUUCCACUUCCGAAGGCUGCACUUCAACAAACAUGGAAUACUACGAGAAGGAGGUUUCUUAACACCUAAUAAAUUUGAUAUUGAUGCAAUAAACCUGUGGCUUCCGAUACCGAGCAAUGUGGUGGGUCUUGACUUGGAUACUGCAAAAUACAUCCUUGCAAACAUUGGGGACCACUUUUGCAAACUUGUCAUCUCUGAGAAAGAAGUCAUGGCAACUAUAGACCCACAAAAACAGGUAGCUUGGAAGCGAGCAGUGCGUGGGGUCCGUGAAAUGUGUGAUGUUUGUGACACAACCAUUUUCAACAUCCACUGGGUUUGUCCCAAGUGUGGAUUUGGAGUCUGUGUAGAUUGUUUCCGAAUGAAAUGCAAGAGUCAACUUACAGACGAGGAUGGCAGUGAAGGUUUCUCAUGGUUGAAAUGUGUUAAAGGCCAGUUACAUGAACCGGACAAUUUAAUGCCAACGCAGAUUAUUCCAGGCAAAGCUCUUUACGAUGUCGGGGAUAUUGUACAUGCUGUCCGUGGCAAGUGGGGAAUCAAGUCAAAUUGUCAGUGUUCCAGCAAGCUACAGAAGCCAUUAGUCAAACCAGUUGUCAAGGAAGAGAUCAAACCGAGCUCUCCCUUACCAGCUGAACCCACAAAUGGAAACAUUACUGAACCUGAGAAGAGCGUUACACCAGAGCCUGUACCUGCUUGCAUUAAACCGCCUGCACCUCCAGUUCUGGGGCCAUUAAGUUGGUUGACCAGUCUCCCACAUGGAUCAGUGAACAAGGAAAAUAAAGAUAAACCCUUGACGUCCUCAUUUAAAACGGAGUCUAAAACACUACCAUCCUUUUCCACAUUUGGAAAGCCUGUAUCUGCUCUACAGUCAUUCAGUAGCUCCAUUCUGACGCCGAUGAGUAGUAAUAACUCCGGCUUCUUGCGAAACCUGCUCAACUCCUCCAGUGUGAAGCAAGAGACUAGCGAGAAGAGCACUCCUAAGCUCUUGGAUGACAUCUUUGCUUCAUUAGUACAAUCUAAACCUGUGAGUGAUGCUGCCAGAAAGCCACAGGUACUCCCAAUCCAGCCAAGUCUCAUGGGUUUCAAUACGCCGCACUACUGGCUAUGUGAUAACAGAUUGCUUUGCCUGCAAGAUCCCAGCAAUAAGAGCAACUGGAAUGUGUUCAGGGAAUGCUGGAAGCAGGGUCAGCCUGUUAUGGUAUCUGGAGUGCAUCAUAAUUUGAACACUGACCUCUGGAGGCCAGAAUCCUUUAGGAGAGAGUUUGGUGACCAAGAAGUUGAUUUGGUGAAUUGUAGGACUAAUGACAUUAUCACAGGAGCAACUGUUGGUGAAUUCUGGGAUGGCUUUGAAGAUAUUUCAGCUCGCCUUAAAACCAGUGAGGGGGAUGCAAUGGUGCUGAAAUUGAAAGACUGGCCUCCGGGUGAAGAUUUCAGAGAUAUGAUGCCAUCACGGUUUGAUGAUCUCAUGAAUAACAUACCACUACCUGAAUAUACUAGGAGAGAAGGCCGGCUGAACCUCGCUUCCAGACUUCCAACAUACUUUGUACGGCCUGAUUUAGGACCUAAAAUGUACAAUGCUUAUGGCUUAAUAACUCCUGAGGAUCGUAAAUAUGGGACAACAAACCUUCACUUAGAUGUGUCCGACGCAGCUAAUGUGAUGGUGUAUGUGGGAAUCCCGAAAGGACAGAAUGACGAGGAACAGGAAGUGCUCAAGACCAUACAAGAUGGCGAUGCAGAUGAAUUGACCAUCAAGCGCUAUGUGGAGUUAAAGGAGAAACCUGGAGCCUUGUGGCACAUUUAUGCUGCUAAAGACACAGAGAAAAUCCGUCAGUUCCUGAAAAAGGUUUCAGAAGAGCAGGGCCAUGAAAACCCUCCUGAUCAUGAUCCCAUUCAUGAUCAGAGUUGGUACCUAGACAAUGCCAUGAGGAAGCGCCUAUUUAAAGAGCAUGGUGUUCAAGGCUGGGCAAUCGUUCAGUUCUUGGGAGAUGUUGUCUUCAUACCAGCUGGAGCUCCCCAUCAGGUUCAUAAUCUGUACAGUUGCAUCAAAGUUGCAGAAGACUUUGUUUCCCCAGAGCACGUGAAGCACUGUUUCUGGCUGACUCAGGAAUUCCGCUAUCUCUCACAUACACAUACAAAUCACGAAGACAAACUUCAGGUAAAGAAUGUGAUCUACCACGCUGUAAAGGAUGCUAUUGCAAUACUAAAAACUAACGAAGCAAGUCUUGGCAAAGUUUAAUGAUGAUGCCUUAGUACAAGCAAAUUUUUAUGAACUUCCUCUGGCAGCUGUAUUAAACACAUCACUAGAUUUACCAAGAUGAGAAGAGUAUGAACUUUUUACCUCGCUUUUUUUUUUUUUUUAUUAUAAUUAAAACUGUAAGCACUACCUUUUACUGAAUCACCCAAGUGGGUUUUUAGGAAAUGUUUACAGUCACUGGAAACAUCAAAUGAACACUGCAAAGCGGAGGUGAACAAAUGGAAUCGAAUUUGAUCAAUUUCCUCUUCUUUUUUUUUUUUUGUUCAAGAUGUCUAUACUCAGCUGUAACUUUGAGCUCUGUCCAUAAAUGGGGAAAGUCAAUAUAAACUUUUUAUAUAUAUAUCUAUAGAGCGAGUGAGUGGUGCCAUGUGAAAGGAGGAGAAACGUAACCUUUUAUGUGCCAGAGUUGAGCAGCUCCUAGCUUUUUAACAUUUUGCUUACCUUUGGCAUGCAAAGGGUUAAUGUUUGAAAACCAAAACACUUUUUUAGACUGUACAAAAAUAUACCUCUUUGGGGUUUUGUUUUGUUUUUGAAAAUGUUCCAGGAAAAAUUUGCUGUAAAUCUGGUCCUUUAUCCUAUUUUGUUUUCUUAAUAUUUGUGGGAUGGUAGGGAGAUAACAACUAGAGCAUUUUUUUUUUUUUUUUUAUAAAUAUAUAAAUAUAUAUAUAAAGACAUUGCAGCCUUGAAGAUUACUAGAAUGUGCAUUCUAAGUAAAAUGUAAAUAAGCAGGCUCUUAUCAUUUUACAUCAGUUUAGAAUUAGCACUGAUGUGCCUGGCAGUUUGUGUAAUUAAUGCAUUGAUUUAGAUGAAACGUUUGAAUUGUAUGAGUUUAAUUUAACAUUACUUUAGAAUAUUCCUUUGCCUGACUGUAGAGAGGAUGUGUGUUAGGAGAAACCCGUUGGUUCACGGGCCAUCAAUGAGUACACUUGUAAUUUUUUUUUAUUACUUCAGUACUUAUGAAUAAAGUAAUUUGUGUUCUCUG